AUGAACCAGUUGAUAACUACAACUGGAUCAACACGGAAACACCCUAUAGCCGGAACGAUUCAACUAUCCAUGUAUGCUGGCCAUCGGCAUAUUACAAGGGGAUUCAUUCCCAUGGAAUGA